CCGCCUCAAACCCGGAAGUUGGUGACGUUGCACCUUCGACUGAACCUAACGAUUCCGCGCUUACGUUUUUUUGCUCGUCUUGUUUUUCCUUUACUCAGAAGUGUUUAUAUAUUUAUACACAUUUUAUUUAUUUACUGUUUACGUUGUUUUUCCGUCGUGUGUCUCUUAAAAAAGUCACAAAUGCGCCUCCUGUUAACGUCGGUGUUGUUGCUGUGUGUUUGUGUGUUCAUGGUGAAAGGUGGCGUGAUUCGACAUGAAACCGUGGAAACUGAGACCGGUGUCCAAUCAGAGACCGGAGGGGAUGUGACAACUGGCGAAUCAGGGACCGAGACCAGAGCCCAGAGCAAGAAAGACCCGGAUGAAAACAAAGAAGUGACCACCCAGACAGGCAAAGAUACAAACAAGAUGACCGUCCAGACAGAGAAAAAGAGCAAAGUCCCUGUCCAGGAUGAAAAGAGCAAGACGUCCGAAUUGACAGAUCUAAAAACUGUUCAGACUGAGGAAAAUAAAGGAAAGACUGACAUCCAGACUGUUGGUAAGGACAAAGCAACCAGCAUGACUGACAACAAGAAGAUCAAAGCCCAGCCAGUAGAUGCUGCACCUGAUGCAGAAAAGGAGAUUACCAAUAACCCUGAAGAUCAACUGAAUAAAGAACAACAAAACAACGCAGAGAAGGAUGUAAAGCAAGGGGAAGAGGGUAACGCUGUGGAGGAGGGAGAUGGUAAGGAAGUCGGAAAGGGAACUGUUAAGGAAGAUGGAAAAAGUAAAGCUGUGGAAGAGGGAGAUGGUGUGAAAGGUGGAGAUGAUAAAACUGUGGCUGGGGGAGAGGGUGAGGAACUUGGAGAUGGUAAAACUGUGACUGGGGGAGAUAAGAAGGAACUUGGAGAUGGUAAAACUGUGACUGGGGAGAUGAGAAGGAACUUGGAGAUGGUAAAACUGUGACUGGGGGAGAUGAGAAGGAACUUGGAGAUGGUAAAACUGUGACUGGGGAGAUGAGAAGGAACUUGGAGAUGGUAAAACUGUGGCUGGGGAAGAUGAGAAGGAACUUGGAGAUGGUAAAACUGUGGCUGGGGGAGAUGAGAAGGAACUUGGAGAUG